AUGCGCGCGCGCGCCGAGGCGACGGUGGACGGCGCGGCGCCGGUGCUGCCGUUCCGCGUCGGGCACGGGUUCGAUUUACAUCGUCUCGAAUCCACGGCGGAGUUCCCGGAGCUGAAACUGAUCAUCGGUGGGAUAGAGAUUCCGCACGACCGCGGGUGCGUGGCGCACAGCGACGGCGACGUGUUGAUGCACUGCGUCGUGGACGCCAUCACGGGUGCGCUCGGAUUGCCGGAUAUCGGACAGCUGUUCCCCGACACCGACCCGAAAUGGAAAGGGCAAACGAGCGACGUGUUCGUCAAGGAAGCGGUGCGGUUGAUGAAACUGGAAGGGUACUCCAUAGGCAACUUGGACUGCACGCUCAUCGCGCAGCGACCGAAGAUUUCGCCGCACAAGGAUAAUAUUCGAGCCAAUGUGGCGAAGGUUUUGGGCGUGCACGAGGCGGUGGUGAACGUCAAGGCGAAGACGCACGAAAAGGUGGAUUCUUUGGGGGAGAACCGUAGCAUCGCGUGCCACACCGUCAUCAUGUUGAUUAAAGAUUAA